AGCAUCUGCAAUUUUUUUUCUAGUUCGGAUAAAAAGGUACCCUUUAGAGAAAGAAAAAUCAACAUCUAAAUAAUAAUGAGCUACUAAAAUUAAAGAGCAUCACCUACUUUUCUGUCUUCUUUUAUCUUCGGCCAUUGAUUGCGCUUUUUGAUUGGAGUGCAAAGAUUCCACAUUCCUUCUUCUUCUUCCCCGCACGUCCUCUCCUGUCUAUUCUCUUGUCCUCCAUUUCAUAGCCAAUCUUUUUCUCUGUACUUCACUCGAAUUUCUCUCUAAGUUUCACAUUCUUACUCAAUUUCGAACCUCUCUGUUUUGUUUCAUCAAGAAAUCGACAAUGUCGUUUUCAUGACUCGUUGAUUCUUAUUUCUUGUAAAGAAAUACUGGGUUUUGGGUCUUUUUCAAUUUGAAUUGCUUCGUUUCCUGAAGCUAUUGAAGUCAUGCAGACAAUAUGUUCGAUGAUAUUACUGUUAGUGAUGAUGAUGAUAAGCGUUUCAGGUUUUUCAGACUUUGAGGCUCUUUUGGAUCUUAAGAAAGGCAUAGAGAAAGACCCUUCUGGUAAAGUUUUUACUUCUUGGGAUGCAAAGGCUUUAUCCUCUGAUAUGUGUCCUCAAAAUUGGUAUGGAGUUUUUUGUGAUAGCGGAGAUGUUACUUCCAUAGAUUUGAAUGGUUUAGGUCUGCUUGGGAAUUUCAGUUUCCCUGUCAUCGUUAGUCUCCGAAUGCUUCAGAACCUCUCGAUUUCGAAUAAUCAGUUUACUGGAACACUCUCAAAGAUUGGUUCUUUCAAGUCUCUCAAGUACUUGGAUGUCUCUAAUAACAAGUUUCAUGGCUCAUUACUUUCUGGAAUUGAGGAUUUGAAGAAGUUGGAGUUUUUGAAUCUCUCUAGUAACAAAGACUUAGGAGGAGUGAUUCCUUCUGCGUUUGGUGACCUUGAGAAGCUGAAGUACCUUGAUUUGCAAGGAAAUAGCUUCUCAGGGGAAGUGAUGAGCUUGUUUUCCCAGCUGAAUAGUGUGGAGUAUGUAGAUAUAAGCAGGAACCGCUUCUCGGGUUCGCUUGAUCUUGGUCUCGCAAAGCCGAGCUUUGUUUCCUCGAUUCGGUACUUGAACGUGAGUGGGAACUCUCUUGUUGAACAGCUAUUUGCUCAUGAUGGCAUGCCGUUUUUCGAUAGCUUAGAGGUGUUUGAUGCUAGCAGUAAUCACUUGUCUGGCUCUGUUCCUGUCUUCACUUUUCUUGUCUCUCUCAAGAUCCUUCGGUUACAAGACAACCAGUUCUCAGCUUCUUUACCACAGGGUCUUCUGCAAGAGAGUUCAACCAUCUUAACUGAGCUAGAUCUUAGCACAAAUCAACUUGAAGGUUCUGUUGGAAGUAUAACAUCUUCAACGCUAAAGAAACUCAAUUUGUCUUCAAAUAGACUAUCAGGUUCCUUACCUUUGAAGGUAGGACAUUGUGCCAUAAUUGAUCUCAGUAACAAUAACAUCUCAGGAGAGUUUUCGAGGAUACAGAGUUGGGGAGAUUACGUAGAAAUCAUCCGGUUAAGUUCAAACUCACUCACUGGAACACUACCUGGCCAAACUUCUCAAUUCUUGAGGCUGACUUCUCUUGAGGCUGCUAACAACUCGUUGCAGGGUGUGCUACCAUUUACAUUAGGAGCUUAUCCUGAGCUGAAACGGAUUGAUCUCAGUCACAACCAGCUCAGCGGUUUCUUACCGGCGAAUUUGUUAGUGUCUGAAAUGUUGACUGAUCUCAACCUGUCAAACAAUAAUUUCUCCGGUUCACUUCCUCUUCAAGAUGCAAGUACGGUGGGCAACCUGAGCUUGACUAACAUUGAUCUGUCACAUAACUCCUUAGGUGGAGUUCUCUUGGAGGAACUAACUCGGUUCCGGAAUUUGGUUUCUCUUGACCUUUCUUAUAACAGCUUUGAAGGGAAUCUUCCUGAUGGCCUCCCAGAAAGCCUAAAGGUAUUCAUUGUCUCUGCCAAUAAUCUCUCUGGAAAGCUACCUGGGAGUCUUAAACGGUUUCCAGAUUCCGCGUUUCAUCCAGGGAAUGCGUUACUGAUCGUCCCCAUUUCUUCUGAAUCACCGAAAGAUAGAGCAGAUGUAACCUUGAGAAAGCAUGGUUAUCAUAUGAAAUCUUCUAUAAAGGCAGCUCUGAUUAUAGGCUUGGUCGUUGGUGCUGCUCUACUUGCUCUUGUUCUUGCAUUGUUUCAUUUUAUGCUAAAGAAGCAACAUGACGAAGAGAAAGUGGAUGUAAAUGGAGAAAAGAGUAGUCUGCAAAAGACUGAACCUUCUUGUCUUUCUGAUGUGAUUGCAGAGAAGAACGGUGUACACGAAACUGAACCUUCUUCUUCUGUUACUUCUACUUCCACAAUCAAGACCAACGUACCGGUUUCUUCUCCACGUCUUUCUCAAUACAGUGACUCUGAGAAUUCUUCAUCAUUAAGAAAAGAUGAAACCUUGUCAUCUCGAGUUUCUCUUGUAUCUUCUUCAACUCCAUCGGUGUCAAGAAUCCAGAAUUCACCAGGCCAAACUUCUGUGAAAUUGGAUGGGAACCUGUAUAUUUUUGACAGUUCUCUCAAGCUUACAGCGGAGGAACUGUCUCGUGCUCCGGCUGAAGCUAUAGGAAGGAGCUGCCAUGGAACUCUGUACCGAGCAGUGCUGGAUUCGGAUUCAGUAUUAGCGGUCAAAUGGUUAAGGGAAGGGACUGCAAAAGGAAAGAAGGAGUUUGCAAGGGAGAUUAAGAAACUUGGGAACAUCAAUCACCCAAAUCUUGUUUCUCUUCAAGCUUAUUAUUGGGGACCCAAAGAACAUGAGAAGCUCAUCAUAUCAAGAUACAUUGAUGCACCCUGUUUAGCUUUCUACCUCCAAGAGGCUGGAAGGCUAAACCUCCCACCAUUGUUGCUAGAAAACCGUCUUAAAAUAACUCUGGACAUAGCCAGUUGUCUUACUUACCUACACGAUGAGGAAGCGAUUCCACACGGGAAUCUAAAAUCGACGAAUGUUCUCCUGCAACCCCCUGAACUCACAGCACUCUUAACAGAUUACAGCCUCCAUCGGUUAAUCACACCGGAGGCAACAUCAGAGCAAGUCUUGAAUGCAGCUGCUCUUGGCUACUGCCCUCCGGAGUUUGCAAGCUCGAGUAAACCGUACCCCUCUCUGAAAAGCGAUGUGUAUGCCUUUGGGGUAAUUUUGUUAGAGCUUUUAACGGGAAAGAUAUCGGGAGAUAUAGUUUGUAGCGAUCCAGGGGUCGUUGAACUCACUGAAUGGGUUGUAAUGCUUGUUGGACAAAACAGCGCGGCUGAGUGUUUUGAUCGGUCCAUUAUUGAGUCACAAGGCUCAAGGAAUGCUGCCUCUGGAGUUCUUGCUGAUGUCUUGCAGGUUGCUCUGAGCUGUAUCUCGCCGGCACCAGAGAGGCCGGACAUGAAAUCUGUUUGUCAAGAGCUUCUCAGAAUUGUUAUCAAAAGGACAAAGUAGAAGAUUUUUAGAUUCUGUCGUCACUCUCUUUGUGAAUGUAGAUGUAAAAAUGCGCCUUUGUCGGAUUAAUUUGGAUUCAUUUGUGUUGGUACCAUAAAAAAAAAGUGAAAAUGUAAAUCUAAAUCGAAUAAUAUUGAUGUAUUAUAUAUUUCAUUGCUGAUGAUUAACAAUGCAUUUAAAAUUAAUUCAUGAGAG